AGGGCGAUGGCAACCGGCUGGAAGCGAUUUACUGGGUCAUCACCCUACCCUGAACUUGCAACAAGCGACAAUGGCACUGAGUCAUGUUAUGGUUCAAAACAGGAUAGGAGUUAUAGGAUUCCUUGGCUGCAAGGAAAACACUCGAGAAAUGAGGAAGUUCAAAUGCUAGACUGGGUUGCUGCUGUUACCGGUUAUGAAAUCUCACGUGACCCGGACUCGGCUAUGAAACAACUUUCUGAUGGAAAAAUUUUGUGCAGACUUAUCCAAAGAUUGACAAAUGGUGAACUUUGUCAAACGAUAAAUGAGAAGCCGUCAAUGUUUAGCGCUGGCGAGAAUAUUUCGAAAUUUUUUGAUUCAUUGGAGUAUAUUGGAAUAAGUGGACUUGUACACAUCUCUCCUAAUCAGCUACAAGAAGAAAGGAAUCUUGAUGGACUGGUGUCUCUGCUCAAAGAGCUCUACAGACGUGCCCAUUAAAUGAAUGUUUUGAAGAAGUGGACUACAUGAUUCCAAACAAAUAUGAUAACAAUGUAAAUCUCCUAAAGUUUCUAUUUUGGUUGCUUAUAUCUCUUCUUUCUGCUCUUGAAUCUCGUAAAAUGAUUGUUUUUGACCA